CUCAAACACCUCACGACAUCAAUUCCUAGCUCUCUUGCAAUAUCUUCUCUAUCUCAGUCUCUCCGAGUAGUACAUACACAGACAUACACGCUCCGAGAGAGGCAGAUACUUGCAAACUAAAGCACAGAGCUAGCAUGAUCCCAAGAGCGCCAAGCCUCUUCCACCUCGAGGAGGGGGUGGGCGCCUCGACCUCGACGCCAAUGGCGGCCUCAUCCGCCGGCGAGCUCGUAGGGCUCCGCCUCAUCAUACAGCCGUCGCCGAGGAAACAACAGCUGCCGACGGUCCUGAGGAGGUCAGCGGUGAGGGUCCCGCCGGCGGCGACGGGCGCGUCCAGCAAGUGCCACGAGAACGGCAGGGUGUUUGUCGGGCUCGAGUUCUUGAAACGCUGCUUCUGCUGCCACAAGAACCUCGACGCCACCAUGGACGUCUUCGUGUACAAAGGAGAGCAAGCGUUUUGUAGCGCCGAGUGCCGGUGCCAGCACAUAGCGAAAGAGGAGCGGCGAGAGAUCGAAAUGCUCAUCAGGAAGCGCCGCGACGCGUUCCACCGGCGGCACGCUGCUGCGGCGCCUAAGUUGCAAGGAGCAAAUCGGCUCAUGAGACUGCAAACCGCCGCACGAUGAUAAGCAUAUGUUAAAACGCUGUAUAAAUACUGUUGCCUUCUUCCAUUUUACAAGUUAGGAGUGCCUUGAAUCGAAGAAAGAUGUCAGUGGUGAGCGGAUGGUACUGCUGGUUGACCUUUGGCCUGGGUGCCAGGAAAGACGACUUCCUUCUCUUUUUUGAAGCAGAGGAAGAGGCAACUUCUGAAUAAUAAUGGACUCAGACAGCAUCAUACGGUUCAUGGCUUAUGGCGCAUAACAUUUUUCAUGAAGCAAUGUCUUUAUUUGGCAUAUUCAA